ACGGAAUCCAAACAGCCACGUAGUAAAAGGCGAAGCUCGCAAAAAGAAGCAUUCCUGAACAUUGGCAUGCUCCCAGCUCACCGGCCUCCUAAGAAGAUGGUGUUGUGAGAACUUCUUUCCGAAGGGGCCCACCAGCAGCACUGUCUACUCAGUUUUUCACAGUAAAUGGACAUGAAUCAUUCUGAAGACGCUCAAAUGGAGAUUAACACUGAUCAAGAUCACAUCACUUUAAAAUCCAAAGAGGCUGAAGUUCAUGCUGUGGAAAGUGAAACACAAGUGAAGCAACAAGGGCUUCAGAACCCUCAAAAAACUAAUGGGGGUCUUCAUAAUGGUCCCGUCAGGUCAGAUGGGAUGCCAAACGGAGACGGACUGGCAGAGGGCUUGGGUUCUGCAGGGGACACCCAUCUGAAUGGGCCCCUGCGUCCGACAGCCCCUCCUCAGAGCACCAGCACCCCUGUCAACUCCCAGACCCAAGAGCCCUCCCCAGGUGUGGCUGCUUAUCCACCCAUGAUGCUAGAGAAGUCUGAGGGGGCUAGUGCUGAGGUCACGGUUCACAAGGGUGAUGCAUUGCAGUCGCUCAGACUCAGUAUGCCUAUGCAGGAGACUGAAUUGUCCAACCAGAAGCCAUCACUGGAGAUGGAGAAUGAGGAGAAGAUUCGCCUGGAGGCUCGCCGGCGCCUGGAGGAGCAACUCAAACAGUACAGAGUGCAGAGACAUAAGGAGAGGUCUCACCGCAGCACCCCCAAAAACAGGCGGUUCAGCACCCUGGAUCCAGAGUUAAUGCUGCAUCCUGAGGCUCUGCCCAGGGCCAACACUGUCGCCAUGACCACGGAGUAUUCCUUCUUGAGGACCAGUGUCCCCCGUGGUCCCAAACUGGGCAGUUUGGGAAUUCCCCCUUCCAAGGAGAGGAAGUCCAGGUCACCCCGCCCAAGCAAGAUCCACUCCUUGGCUGAUUAUAAGUCUCCUGAGAAUGACGGCGGAGGUGGGGGAGGAGGUGGAGUAAGGACAGCAGACAACAGCAUGGGCUCCCUCCAGUCCACCAUCAGCUCAGUGUCCACUCUCUCCGAGGUCAGCGUGAUGUCAGAGUACAGCACUUCUGAGGCAGAAGGACAGCCUGGGGCUUCGCUCCAGGGCGGGGACAAUGUCUCCGAAAUUGACGGCAGCGAAUCGGGUACAAGGCCUGGGAAUGAUGGCAACGACAGUGACAGCUCGUCUUACAGCAGUGUGUCUACCAGGGGGACAUACGGAAUGUUGUCCGCCGCAGUGGAAAGGCAGCAGGGGCCCUACUCGGUGGAGGGGAGGGAGAUUGCUCCAGAGGCCAUGGGUCAGUUCCCCUCCCUGCAAGAGGUGCUGCAGGCAGCCAGCGAAGAGCAGCACCUUCUGGAGCUGGAGCAGGAAAGAGAGGGAACAGCUGAGCCUCGCAGCCGCAGGGACAGUUUCUCUAGCAGUGUGUCUUUGGAGAGUUCUGUGAUGGGCCAUGAUGAAAUGCUGCAAGUGCUGAAAGAGAAAAUGAGACUGGAGGGCCAGCUGGAGUCCCUGUCAUCUGAGGCCAAUCAGGCUCUCAAGGAGAAGACCGAGCUUCAGGCCCAGCUUGCUACAGUGAAUGCUCAGCUGGAGGCGAAGAAGGUGGAGGCUCAGGCUAGCCAGGUGAAGCAGAGCACCUUUGCUACAGAGAUCGGAACACUGCGGCAGAGCUGCGGCCAGUUAGAAAAGGCCAUGGUGGAGCUCCAGGGCAGUCUGGAGAACAAGAACGCCAGUCUGACUUCUUUGAGCAACGACCUGAAGGUGGCUGAAGACCAGUACAACAGGCUAAUGGGGAAGGUGGAGGAGAUGCAAAACACUGUGACUUCAAGGGACAAUACGGUUCAGGACUUGCGUCAGCAGAUGGGUGGUCUCCAGAGCCAGCUUCAACAGGUCCAGCUGGAGCGAGGCACCCUCCAGAGCCGACUGAAGACCUCGCAGGCUGAAAUAGACUCACUCCAGCAGGUCAGACAGUGGUACCAGCAGCAGCUCGCCCUGGCACAGGAGGCGAGAGUACGUCUGCAAAGCGAAAUGGCCAACAUGCAGGCUGGACAGAUGACCCAUAUUGGCGCCCUGGAACAUCUGAAGCUGGAGAAUGUGACACUGUCGCACCAACUCAAUGAGACCCAACACCGCUCUAUCAAAGAAAAGGAGCGGAUUGCUGUUCAGCUGCAGAGCAUUGAGGCUGACAUGAUGACCCAGGAAGCUGCCUACAAGCAGAUCCAGGAUGCCAAAUCUAUGGUGGAAGACGACCUGCAGCACAAACUAGACGAGUUUGAGGAGGAACGAGAACACUUAAUAAAACUUGCCAACACAGCCAGCGCCCUGGAAAGGGAACUAGAGCAGAUGAAAUUGACCCUUUCCCAGAAAGACAUGCAGCUGCAAUCACUCCAGAAAGAACAUCUGGAGCUGAUGUGCCAGCUGACAAACACUCAGGAGAACCUGCACACCAAAGAGCAGUCCAUCAACCAGCUCGAGGCUCGCUACCUGGAGCUGGAGGCCCAGCUGGCCGAGCUGCAGACAGACAGCAGCGCCAAGGAUGACAACAUCCAGUUCCUGCAGAAUGAAAAGAUCGUUCUGGAGGUAGCACUGCAGGCAGCGCGGGCAGACAAGAGCCAACUGGACGAGGGCGCCGAGCGGCUUGGAGAGGAUGUCCUGGUGGCCUCAGAUGUCUUGGAUCAGCUCAGACAGGAAGUCCAGGUCAAAGCCAAUCAGAUUGAAACUCUACAACAAGAAAAUAGCUCCUUGAAGAAACAAGCUCAGAAAUUGAAGGAGCAGUUCCAACAACAAAAGGUGAUGGUGGAAGCCUACCGCCGAGAUGCCAGCUCCAAAGACCAGCUGAUUAGCGAGCUCAAGUCCACCAAGAAGCGUCUGUUGACGGAGGUGAAGGACCUGAAGCAGGAGCUGCUGGGUGCUCAGGGGGAGAAGCAGAAGGCAGAACUGGAGCAGGCCCGAUUGCAGCAGGAGGUAAUGAGAGUCCAGGAGCAGAUGAGCAACAUGGAAGCCCAUCUGCAAGCCAUUCAGACAGAAAGGGAUCAGCUUGAAACCCAGAUCCAGUCUCUGCAGUUUGAUCAGAGCCAGCUCGCAGCAGUGACAGAGGAGAACGAGGGCCUGAGGAAACAGGUGGAGAAAAUGGAGUCCGAAGCCAAAAAGGCCAUCUCUGAGCAGAAGGUGCGCAUGAAGCGACUGGGGACAGAUUUGACCAGCGCUCAGAAGGAUAUGAAGGCCAAACAUAAGGCGUACGAGAAUGCUGUGGGCAUCCUAAGUAGAAGGCUCCAAGAGGCCCUGACUGAAAAGGAGACAACAGAGGCAGAGCUGGUCAAACUCAAAGCCCAGGUGUCAGAUGGUGGAAACAGCCAGGCCUUAAAGGAAAAGAUAGUGGCUCUGCAGGCUGAGCUGCAGGCCGUGACCAACAGCAAAACUAUGCUAGAGAAGGAGCUGCAGGAAGUGAUCACCCUCACCUCAACAGAGUUAGAGGAGUACCAGGAGAAAGUUAUGGAGCUGGAGGAUGAGCUUCAAGAGUCACGAUGCUUCAAGAAGCGAAUCCGAAAGUUAGAAGAUGCUAACAAGAAGCUAGCACUUGAGCUAGAACAUGAAAAAGGGAAACUGGAUGGAUUGGGACAGUCCCACAAUACACUGCGAGAGCACACCAACAUUUUGGAAUCUGCCUUAGCUAAGAGAGAGGCAGAUCUUGUCCAGCUCAACUUACAGGUUCAAGCUGUUUUGAAGCGUAAAGAGGAAGAGGACCAGCAAAUGAAGCAGGUGGUGCAAACUCUACAGCUUGCCUUGGAGAAAGAGAAAACCAAAGUAAAGGACCUGAAAGAACAGGUGGCAGCAGCAAAGGCUGAAGCAGCUCACAACAGACGGCACUACAGGGCAGCCAUGCUGGAGCUGUCUGAGAUCAAGAAAGACCUGCAGUCCAAAGAGGAACUCGUCAAAGCUCUGCAGAGUGAAGCUCACAAACUUGAGGCUCAGGAUGAGAAGCAUGGUCAGGAGGUUUCCAGGUUCCAGGAGGAGCUAGCUGAGGCCCACUUUCAGCUCCAGGUCCUCCAGAAACAACUGGAUGAGGAACUGUCAAAGCAGCCACUCACUAACCAAGAGGUUGAGGACCUGAAGUGGGAGGUGGAGCAGAGGCAGAGGGAGAUUGAAGCUCAGAAGCAGCAGGUGGAGAUGAUGGAGCAGUGCCACCACAGGGAGCUGGACAACCUACAGACAGCUCUGCAGAACAUCAAGGUGGAGCUGGAGUCAGUGCAGGAGGAUCUGAGCGGCACCAGAAAGGACAAGUUCAUGCUGCAAGCCAAAGUGGGUGAGCUGAGGAACAGCAUGAAGACUGUCCUGCUGCAGAACCAGCAACUCAAACAGGACCUCAAACAGAGUCGUCUAAGGAAGCAACGUAUGGAGCUGAAAAGUGAGGGGAACCCAUCCAACCCAGUGACGCCAGUAAAGAUCCCAGACUGCCCAGUGCCUGCCUCCUUACUGGAUGAGUUGCUGAAACCGUCAACUUCUGUUAACAAGGAGCCCCUCAACAACCUGCACAACUGUCUACGGCAGCUCAAGGAGGAGAUGGACAGCCUCCAAAAGCAGAUGGAGGAACACACAGUAACAGUGCAUGAGUCAAUGAGCUCAUGGCCAAACACAGAGGAGGAACUGGCUCAAGUGGGGCUCCAAAACAACAUCUCCAAAUCGUCAACGCCGCUGAACAACAUGGCGGCGGAAAAUAACAAUGAAGCAGAACAGCAGCAGUCAUAACAGAUGAACUUUUUCUCAGGCCAAUAGAGGGAGAGUGGAGUUUUAUCCACAAAGGCACUUUUAAAGCCCCUUAUUCCCUUUUCUCUUUUCUUAACAAUUGCUGCCAACAUUUGGCGUUCUCCCAUCAGCACAGAAGUGCUUUCGCAGAGUAAUACUUUCUAUACCAUAGCUUUAUUCUUUCCUCCUUAUUUGAUGUUUGUUUAUAUUUUGUUAUGCUGUUGUAACAUUUAUUUAUUUAGAGUUAAGGAAAGUACAACAUCUCAUCUGACAGCCUCUCCACGAGGAUCUUCCAUAUUGUGCUUUGUUACCAUAGGUACAAAUACGGUCUAGUUAAUAAACUUGUAUUUGGCCAGUUUUCCCCCUUUGAGGUUGGCAGUUACUAAACGGUAUUUAGUCAUCAUUCUCCUCAUGACAUUAAAUCAGUGGCUUUGACACUACUUAAUGAUGGCUGACAAUUUAAAAAAGUGUUUUGGUGACAGAAAAAUCUUAGUCUGCUACCACACUGGCUACAAACCGUUCUUCCAUUUCUUUGUGCCUGUGUACGAGUGAAGUCACUCAUGUAUGAUUUAACUGACAUUGCUACAUGUAAGCGGUUGGUGAUGAAACAUCAUCACUCCUUUCCAUGACGUUUCAAUUCAUGCACACAUGUCAGUUUUUUUUGUAUUGCCUCGUUAAAAUGCAGUGUUUCUUACAUUUAUUGUAACCAUAUCACCUUGGGUUCUUAAACUCUAAAAAGAAAACAUUAAUCUCAGUUAUGUAUGGAGGUGUUUUGUCUAGCAUGGACUGCAGUAAUUCGUACGCAAAAAGAAAAAAAAGCCUUAAGCAAUCUUUAAUAUACUGUAAAAGGACUGUCGGUUUGAAUGAACGUAUUUCUGCUGAGGGGCGUGUGCAAGAUGUAAUUUGUUGUAUAUGAGUGUGCAAAUCCAUACUGAAAGAUAUUUUACUGUAAAAUAUGUGGGUCGCAUCAACUGACAUUGCACACUAGAUCAUCAGACCUUAACUGACUGAGAGAGCAAGUUGUAGGAUGAUGCAGAAAUGUUACUAUUUCUAACAGCAGGUGCAAUCAAACGUGUUUAUUUUGUUGUUACAUUUGGUACAUUAUUUACAAAAAAAUGACUACCCCUGAAUCCGAUGUUAAACUUGUUUUAUGGCUGUUUGAUGGUUACGGGGAUAAGUUAAUUGUUUCCAGAGGUUAAUAUAUAAAUACUCUUCCUUUUUUGUAUGAUUGUAAAUUCAUCAUAAUUGUUAAAUAGUGUAAAAUGGGAGAUAUCAAAUGCAAACCAUGAAAUACAAGCAGAUGAUAAAUGAUACAGUUGGGUUAAAAAAAAUGGGAAAUUUGGGAUUAUGAGAUGGCACAGUAGCUUUCUGCAUGUAACUGUGCUACAGCUGCUGGGAUGGUUCUCAUUCUCAUACUAAAAGUACUAAAAAACUUUUUUUAAACACCAUUGUAUGCUUCUGUAUUUCCAAAGGGACAAUAAAUCUUUUGAGGAUAAUGCUUAUUGACUAACAAAUAUAUAAAUAACAAAUAUAUUGAUCUGCUGUGCUCUGAAAAAAUAUGCAUACACUUUGCUGUAUCUGCUUUUUCUUUUUUUUCAGAUUGGAAUUUAUUCAUUCCUAUGUUGAAACAUUUGCAUUGGGAGAUGUGAUUGUAUUUAUCAUAAAAUUGCACUAUUCACCUGUCA